CAAGCAUAAACUGAAAAUAUUGUGUUUCGCCACGAUGCAUAUAAAAUACGCAACACUAGAAAAAUAAGAUGGUCAACUUUCUUAUAAAGCAAAGCAACACUUGAGCAACUUCGAAGGAGAAGCUUCAAAAAUGGCCGCCUUUUCCUGUAUCUCUGCAAGCCCAGUUCGCAUUGCAGACCCAUCAAGCAUCUGCAUCCAAGGCAAGAAGCAAUGGCUUGGGUGUUUACCACUGAAAGUAAAGCCAAUUUCUUCAAAUGGAUUUAGAGCAAGAGCAAAAGCUUCUUUAAAUGGUGAUCUGAAAGGGAUUGAAAUUCCUCACCAGUGGUACAAUAUCAUUUCGGAUCUUCCUGUUAAACCUCCUCCACCACUGCAUCCUAAAACUUAUGAGCCAGUUAAACCAGAGGAUUUAGCUCCUCUGUUUCCUGAUGAGUUAAUCAAGCAGGAAGCAAGCAAUGAAAAAUUCAUAGAUAUUCCUGAAGAGGUUCUUGAUAUUUACAAGCUUUGGCGGCCAACGCCUUUGAUUAGGGCCAAGAGGUUGGAGAAACUCCUGAACACACCAGCUAGAAUUUACUAUAAAUAUGAAGGUGUCAGCCCAGCUGGAUCACACAAACCCAACUCUGCGGUCCCUCAAGUUUUCUACAACGCGCAACAAGGUAUCAAGAAGGUGGUGACGGAAACCGGUGCUGGCCAAUGGGGAAGCUCAUUGGCCUUUGCUUGCAGCUUAUUUGGCCUUAGCUGUGAGGUUUGGCAAGUUCGUGCGUCCUAUGAUCAGAAACCAUAUCGUAGAUUGAUGAUGGAAACUUGGGGAGCAAAAGUACAUCCAUCUCCAUCACGCUUUACUGCCGCGGGUAGGGAAAUUCUCCAGAAGUAUCCUUCAAGCCCAGGAAGUUUAGGAAUUGCUAUUUCAGAAGCUGUGGAGGUUGCAGCUGCAAAUGCUGAUACUAAGUAUUGCCUGGGGAGUGUGCUUAAUCAUGUUUUGUUACACCAGACUGUUAUAGGUGAGGAAUGCAUAAAGCAAAUGGAAGCUAUAGGCGAGACUCCUGAUGUGAUCAUAGGCUGUACUGGCGGUGGGUCCAACUUCGCCGGACUAAGUUUUCCGUUCAUUAGAGAGAAGCUUAAUGGGAAAAUCAACCCCAUCAUAAAAGCAGUUGAACCUGCUGCAUGUCCUUCUCUAACAAAGGGCGUUUAUGCAUAUGAUUAUGGCGAUACAGCAGGGUUCACUCCGUUAAUGAAGAUGCAUACACUUGGACAUGACUUUAUUCCUGACCCAAUUCAUGCUGGAGGACUGCGUUACCAUGGUAUGGCACCACUGCUUUCGCACGUCUAUGAAAUGGGUUUCAUGGAUGCAAUUGCAAUUCCUCAAACUGAGUGCUUUCGAGGUGCUAUUCAGUUUGCAAGAUCUGAAGGGCUAAUACCAGCACCAGAGCCAAGUCAUGCAAUAGCUGCCACCAUCAGGGAGGCCCUGCAUUGCAGAGAGACCGGAGAAUCGAAAGUUAUUCUGAUGGCAAUGUGUGGACAUGGUCAUUUUGACCUUACAUCUUAUGAGAAGUAUCUGCAAGGAAACAUGAUCGAUUUGUCCUUCGAAGAUGAGAAAAUAAAAGAAUCACUGGCUAAAGUUCCUCAGAUUACGACAUGACAAAGAAAAUAGUUGCUUAUGCUUCAAGUUCAAAUAUAUGUGACAGCUAGGUAGAGAUUUGUAAUUACUAUAUGUGAUUACUAGGUGUAAACAAUUGUUUUAUCUUAUGCCUGUACUUUUUAAUUUCACCAUGAAUUGAAUCCUCUCUUAAUUGUUCUUCCA